CUCUCUCUCUCUCUCUCUCUCUCUGAGGAUAAGAGCUGUGACAUGGAGAGCAGCAGAAUACUGGAGUUCUUGAAGGACAAGAGCAUUCUGAUCACUGGAUCCACUGGCUUCUUGGCAAAAAUAUUCGUGGAGAAGGUGCUGAGGGUUCAACCGGAGGUUAAGAGGCUCUUCCUCCUCGUCAGAGCCGCCGAUGCCGCAUCUGCCAACCAGCGUGUGCAAACUGAGAUACUAGGAAAGGACCUGUUCAAGGUUCUAAGAGACAAACAUGGCGAUGGAUUCCAUCCAUUUGUCGCAAGCAAGGUGUUCCCCGUGGCUGGAGACAUCGUCCGGGAAGAUUUAGGUAUCCAAGACUCCAAUCUCAGAGAGAAGUUGUGGAAGGAAGUGGGGAUCGUCGUCAAUGUAGCAGCGACCACCAGCUUCGACGACAGAUACGAUGUGUCUUUGGGCAUCAAUGCUCUCGGAGCUAAGCAUAUCUUGGAGUUUGCGAGGCGAUGCGUGAGACUGGAAAUGCUCCUCCAUGUUUCUACUGCUUAUGUAGCUGGCGAGCAGAGUGGGCUGAUCUUGGAAAAGAAGUUUCUCAUGGGAGAGACUCUCAAGGGGGGCUCCUACUUGGACAUCGAAGCAGAACUAAGGUUGGUGGACAAGAAGAAGAGGGAGCUCCGUGCAGAGUAUGCGACCGAAGAGGUCGAAAAGCUAGCCAUGAAGCGACUGGGGAUGAAGAGAGCUAGGUAUUUUGGCUGGCCAAACACCUACGUUUGCACCAAAGCAAUGGGUGAAAUGCUGCUCGGACACUUACGAGGAGAUCUGCCUCUGGUAAUCUUGCGCCCGACGAUCAUCACGAGCGUCCACAGAGACCCACUUCCUGGUUGGAUCGAAGGAACGAGGACGAUCGACAGCCUGAUCAUGGGGUACGUGAAGGAGAAGAUCGGAUGCUUGUUUGGAGAUCUCGACAUCGUCGGGGAUGUGGUACCCGGGGACAUGGUGGUGAACGCGAUGAUGGUGACCAUGGCGGCUCACUCGAAUCAGCGGUCGGAGUUCAUCUACCACAUGAGCUCCUCCGUGAGAAAUCCAAUGACGUACUCCAUUCUGGAGCAGAGUGCGUAUCGUUACUUCCUCGAGAACCCUCGCGUGGGGAAGGACGGAAGAAUCCUCAAGACGAGAAGGGUUCCUGUCAUCAGAAACAUGACCAGAUUCCGUAUCUACAUGACCCUGAGACACAAGCUGCCACUGGGGGUACUGCACCUCAUCAAUCUGCUAUCCUGUGGACGAUUUGCUCGCGGAUACAAUGAACUCAACCGGAAGUACAAGUUCGUGAUGCAUCUCGUUGACCUUUACGAACCCUAUGCCUUCUUCAGAGGAUACUUUGACGACCUAAACAUGGAGAGGUUGAGGAUGGCAAUGAAGAAGGACGACGCUGAGGCCUGGAUGUUCGAUUUUGAUCCCAAGCACGUCGAUUGGGAGGACUACUUCUAUCGCAUUCAUGUCCCAGGCGUACUUAAAUAUGCAUUCAAAUGAACCAUGGAAGGGAUCUUGCGCACUUGGUCAGUUCUACUACUUCUUCCAUCUCUUCUCAUUUAUUGAUGCCACAGAAAUAUUUAUGUUGUUCCAGAGACGAACCGUAGCUAGGAUGCUUCCCUUACAUCUUCUGGUGUUCGGACGUAUUCUGUACCCACCUUCUUGAUUCAAAGGAAUGUUAUGGUA